UUUGAAUAUUUUGAUAAGAAAUUUUAGUUAACUUAAAUAUUAGUAUUUUAAAUUCUUUUAUUUUGUGAAAGAAUUUGAAAUUCUUUCUUAGGAUACGACAGCUUCUGAUUCUUUGUUACUCUCUCUGUUUCCGUUGCCACACCAUGAACGUCACCCUUGUUGAUUCCGCGCUCUUCGCGUUUCUCUUCCCCUCGUUGUGGGAAAUCGAAGUCGCCGUCGCCGCCUCCGUCUUCGUCAUCCUCGCCUACCGCUUCUUCGCCGCACAGACCGGAUACGCCGAGGGAGAACAACAAGAGAAUCAGGAGGGAACAGAAACACCACCGAGCAACGAUGAAUUGGGAGGAAUUGCGAAGGCCUUCAACAUAUCGUCUCGAACGGCUUCUGCCAUAUCGAUAUGCAUGGCAUUGGCGGUGUUGACUUUUCCAUUGUUCAUGACUUCUUUGGGGCAGGGCAUGGUUCUGAAGACGAAGGUGCUGUCGUACGCGACGUUGCUGUUCGGAUUCUACAUGGCGUGGAACAUCGGCGCCAACGACGUGGCAAAUGCGAUGGGGACGUCGGUUGGAUCCGGCGCCCUCACGCUCCGGCAGGCGGUGCUGACGGCGGCGGUGCUCGAGUUCUCCGGGGCGCUGAUGAUGGGAACGCACGUGACCAGCACGAUGCAGAAGGGGAUUCUCGUCGUGAACGUGUUCAAUGGGAAUGAUUCUUUGCUCUUUGCCGGAUUGCUCUCUUCUCUCGCCGCUGCUGGCACUUGGUUACAGGUUGCAAGGUGCAGGCUUGCGUUGCAGAGCGUUAUAACAUUGCCAAUUGGGCUUGUCUAUUUGUCCUAAGUUUGGACUAGGAAAUAGGAAUUUGUCCGUUAUUGGAUUUGGAUUUGGUUGCUAA